AUGUCGACGCUGGCCCCCCUGCGUCUGCUGCGCGAGCCCUCGAAUGCCAGCGAGGGCAACCACAGCAACGCCACGGUCGGGGCCGGUGGCGGCUGGUGCCAGGGGCUGGGCAUCCCCAACGAGCUGUUCCUGGCGCUGGGGCUGGUGAGCCUGGUGGAGAACCUGCUGGUGGUGGCCGCCAUCCUGAAGAACAGGAACCUGCACUCGCCCACCUACUACUUCAUCUGCUGCCUGGCGGUGUCGGACAUGCUGGUGAGCAUCAGCAACCUGGCGGAGAUGCUCUUCAUGCUGCUGCUGGAGCACGGGCUGCUGGUGAUGCGCCCCAGCAUCGUCCGCCACAUGGACAGCGUCAUCGACACGCUCAUCUGCAGCUCCGUGGUCUCGUCCCUCUCCUUCCUGGGGGUCAUCGCCGUGGACCGCUACAUCACCAUCUUCUACGCCCUGCGCUACCACAGCAUCAUGACCCUGCAGCGCGCCGUGGUCACCAUGGCCAGCGUCUGGCUGGCCAGCACCGUCUCCAGCGCCGUCCUGAUCGCCUACUACCGCAGCAACACCGUCCUCCUCUGCCUCAUCGGCUUCUUCCUCUUCAUGCUGGUCCUCAUGCUGGUGCUCUACAUCCACAUGUUCGCCCUGGCCCGCCACCACCUGCACAGCAUCUCCAGCCAGCAGAAGCCGCCCACUGCUCAUCGUGGUGGCAGCCUGAAGGGCGCCGUCACCCUCACCAUCCUCCUGGGCGUCUUCUUCAUCUGCUGGGGGCCCUUCUUCUUCCACCUCAUCCUCAUCGUCACCUGUCCCACCAACCCCUUCUGCACCUGCUUCUUCAGCUACUUCAACCUCUUCCUCAUCCUCAUCAUCUGUAACUCGGUGAUUGACCCCCUCAUCUACGCCUUCCGGAGCCAGGAGCUCCGGCGGACGCUGCGGGAGGUGGUGACGUGCUCCUGGUAG